AUGAUCUCAUCAACUGGACGAGGCUUCGUCAAUCUUGAUGGUUCGAACGGCACGAGUUCGCGUCGAAAUCCGUUCGUUGCUGUCAAAACAGGCGGCUCGCCACCAUUAAUAUCGACACCAAUUUCGUCGAGAGUUCGUGGCGAGAAGCUGGUGAACUAUAUGGAAGGCUCGCCGCCGUCAUCAUCAGCCUCGUUGCCGCCGACACCGUGA